GUCGUGCACGUAAUGAGUACUUCAUUAGUCCUGUUCAAUGAAGUAGGUUGAACUUGCUUGAAGUUACUGCAUCCUGCGUCUGGUUUAUAUGGUGCAAGUUGUAGGAUAUUGAUGACAUGUGCUCGUUUUUAGGGGCAACGAGAAGAAACGGUCAUAGUAGUCGGGGACCUACAUGGAAGGGAGAAUUGACUGAGACGUGGUGACAUAAACACGCUGUUUCAGAGCGCAAGUAAUUGAAGAAUUAGAUUUUCCGUUCAUCAUCUGAUCGUGGUUUAUUGAAUCCAGGAUUGAAUCUUACUUUGAAUUCGAGCUAGACCCUACACAAGUGACUUGAUUCAAGUCAACUAAAAAUGCCAAAUGGAAUGUGAAUUACACGUACAAAUCGUAUAAACGCAACCAUUCAUUUCAGUUGAGCAAUUUUCAAAUGUUUUCACACCCCAUAUUGUGGCUUUAGUAUAAAAUUAAUUUUAUUCUGUUAUUCUGUUAUAAUCAACGCACCCCCUGGCCGUGGCCAAUCUGCGUUGUUUCGCUGGGCGAUACGUCUACCAGUAGACUUGUAUCUGCCCUAUGCUAAACCGAUUAGCAUAUCAAGUCCUUUCCACUGAUGAGUAGGCUCGAAUGUCCCGCCCCUCCCUAUAACCCAUAGGGGGAAAUAAGGAGUUUCCAGUUUCAAGUAUUGUAUUGAUUAUGACACCAACUCUUUCUAUUCCUUGGGAAAAAAUCACUAGACUUGGAUUAUCAGACUACUAUUAAUAAUGAACAUAAUUAAGAUACAAGUUUACAUACACAAUUGUAAAAGCAGUGUCAGAUACUUUAAAGUGAAUUGAAAAAUGUGAAUAAGAUAAAUUGUAAACUAUUUCGCGGCGACACGAAUGCUUCAAUAGUGUCAUAAAUAAAGGCGCAAACAAACAAAUAAUUUAUAUUGAAGUAUGCAUAUUGAAGUAUUUAUCUAUUAGCAAAGUAGUAGAAAGAGUUGGGUGCCUGAUUAUAAAAUUGUUGUACUUAUCUUGUGUGUUUCGGACAAGUCCCGUUUGUGUUGGCCAUUAGGACACUUCUUGCUUCAAAACGGUCGUUUCUGGAAUGGAAAGAGAAUAAUUGGCCGCACAACUCCGUAAAUGGGCGGCCCGCACAUAUUAGUAUAAUGUUGCAAUGAUUGGAAAUAAUAGAGUAUAAUUGUUAAUCUAUAUGAAUACUGCUACUAGUUCAGGUUUCUCACCCUCCACGAUUCUCUAGAUACUGUUAUAGCGUGUUUGUUGUAAAUUUGUUAAUAAGUGAAGCCUCCAAAACAGUUACGUGAAGUUGUAUCAAAAUUCUACAGAGUGUUGGGAAGGGGAGGGGAAAUAAACAUACUUCUUCCUACACCUAGCAGUUCGGAUCUUCUGUUCACACUGUCAUUCCAACCUUCUUUCAGUGUGAAACGUUUCUGGAUCUGGAACGGGUGGUAUCACUUUACGCUACUCUUCUAUCAUGAACAUAGAUAACUACUUUUAAAAAUAAAAGUUUUGUCCUACUACCUAUUUUAUACCUGAAAGAUGUUAAUUGGUCAAAUGUUUCGUUCGGCAAGUCUAUGUCCAUAUUGAUGAUACAACCUUUUAUUAAUGAGUAAUAAUGUUGCUCACAGUUGUGAGGCAAUAUAACAUUCAACUCGUUGAGGGCAAGUUAUGAACCUACAGAAAAUUUCUUAUUAGGCUGUUACCUCUAAAACUACUAAACACAUAUUGAAACGUGAAAUUGUAUUGUAAUAAUUGAUCCUAAUCUUAACCCUAUCACUGGAACGCGUUUGAAGCAAAUUGAUAUUGCUAAUGAUUUGGUUGGGCAUUAAAAGUUUUUUUGGUUUCGACAAUAGUCACAUACUAUGCCCUACGACAUUGACGAUUCUAUUGUCUAUGGCUCACCUAUUUCGUGCCACCCAGCAGGGACUUGGUCUGGUACCCAAUUCAGUAUAUCCGCUCCACGUAAUAUACCGCACCUCUUUUGAUUUGUGAUAUAUUACGCGGAACAUUACUCUCUUCAUUCGGAUAGCGGCUAUGUAACCCAUUGGAUUAAAAAAUAGAGGUAAUAAACUAUAGAGGGAGAAUGUCGCUGACGUCGCCGUCGCAACAUCUCUUGCUGGCAAAGAUAGGGAGGGAUAUAAGUGUCAAAGCGAAAAAGUAUGCAGUUUGACAGAUAGAUACCCGGGAUGUUUGCGAACGAGAACAAAGGGAACAGCAGCGACAUUCGUCCUCUAUAGUUUGUUAACUCUAUUGAUUAAAAGCCUCCAUCAAACAUGAAGCGAUUAAUCGGAGACUGAAGACUCUAUACCAAAUUUGGCUCAGAGACAGGUAAUCAGUGAGGUCAGUUUUUCUCGUUUGUCAGAGACGAUUGAUACGUAUUAAGACAAACUUUCCACUGCAUCUGCCAGCAAUAAUCGGUGAUCGAUCAACAUUCCGAGUACCCCAAUUUACACAAGAAUGCCAAGGAUCACCGCUCAUGCUUUACAAUACAGUUGGAAAAACUAGAACAACACCUGGCCACAAUGAUGCAUAAAGCACUAAAGCGGACCGGAAGUGUUGGUGAGCCAGCCCCCACCAGUAUAAAAUUAAUUUUAAAAGUCCAAAUUUAUGCUAUGCUCUCACUUAGCUUUUAUUGGUGUAAUCGACAUCGAAGACACCAUUGGUUACGUUUACGUAGACGUAGCAACUUUCCGCAUAGAGAAAUACAGUUUGUCCGUUUGUCUUAAUCUCCAAACAGUAAAUUUCUUGUAUAUGUUGUUGUUAAUGUAUAACAAAUAGUUGCUAUUAUGUCUGUUGUUAUGUUGAUUACAUUUUUAAAGCCUUUUGACUACCUGUAAACGAACACCGUUAUUGGACCCCUUGAAUAAAAUCAGUUGAAUGAUUGUUAGCGUAACAGACCAAGUGUGUUUUAUUUCUGAGUACCGAAACAUGGUGUCAGAAGUGGAGAAAUCAGCCAAAUAAUUCUAUUUUGAGCUGAUUCGUUCGAACAGUAAUCGAAAAGUCAUCGGUUUUUAAGUUCGUCGUCGUAGUUGCGCCGCGAGUUACGCGUAAAUAUCGCGGUUCGUAGUUCGCAAGGGAGGCCUCAUCAAGAUGGCGGAAGAAAUUGCUCAGCUGCUAAAGCAGCAGAAUCAAAUUUUCGCGUAUUGGGCAGAGCGAGUCGGAAACUUCCAGAUUACCAUCCCGAACCCAGCGUCGCCUGCACACCUAACCUCACAAUCGGUGCCGCUCCCUCCACCACUGUGUUUAGAAGGAGACAUGGAGGAGAACUAUACUUUCUUCGAAUCCAAUUGGAAAAACUAUGCAGUCGCCGUCGGCAUGAAUGACUGGCCCGAAAGUGAAAACAAGAAAAAAGUCAGUUUCCUAUUGUCGGUUGUUGGGACAGAUGCACUGAAGCGCUACUUCAAUUUUGAGCUCAACGAGCAGCAGAAAGCAUCUCCGGAGGCUGUAUUAGAUGCAAUCAAGGCGAAGGUGGUGCCAGUUCGGAACAUUAUUGUUGAUCGCCUUGAAUUUUUCUCCGCGAUCCAGAUUCCGACAGAAACAAUCGACGAGUAUGUGAGCCGUUUGAAGUUGCUAGGAAAACCGUGUCGCUUUGGUGCAUUGGAGCAGGAUAUGAUGGUGUUCAAAAUAGUUACUUCGAACAAGUGGCCCAAUCUGAAGGCGAAAAUGCUCACCAUGCCAGAUGUGAACCUGCCGAAAGCCAUCGACCUUUGCAGGAUGGAAGAAAUAACGGCCCGUCAUUCAAAGCAGCUGUCUUUGGAACCAUCAAUGGAUGUCAACAAAGUGACCGAUCAAGUUUGCAAGUUUUGUGGCGGUCGGCAUCCUUUCAAGCGAGGAGCGUGUCCGGCCUUUGGAAAACGCUGCGAUAAGUGUGGUGGAAAGAAUCAUUUUCAACGAGUCUGCAAAUCAAGUGGAUCAUCGGGAAAUCUGAAGCCAGGCAGAAGGGUGAACAUCGUACGCAGGUAUCAGGAUGUGUUCGAAGGAUACGGGAAAAUGGAGGGCCCCGUCACGUUGGAGAUUGACCAAGAAGUGAAGCCAGUAAUUCAGACACCCCGUCGUAUCCCGAUUGCCUUCAGAGAGGAUCUCCGGCGCAAGAUAAAUCAGCUGGCUCAAGACGGUAUCAUUCAAAAGGAAUCUCAACACACCGAAUGGAAACAUCGGAAUUCGAAGACCCUCCGCGGAACAGGUCCGUGGUAGAAACGUCGGAGAAUGUCGAUACAAGCUUUGGAGACGCAGACAUCGACGUUCCUUCAUCGAGACGAAAAGCUUGUAGAUCACCUGUCAUCGAACGGGCUCCGCGACCCAAGAGAGAAGUUAAAAUUCCUACUAAGUUUAAAGAUUAUGUAAUGUGAUAGUUAAUUUUCUUUUGUUUGGAAAAAAGGGAAGAUGUUGUUAUGUUGAUUACAUUUUUAAAGCCUUUUGACUACCUGUAAACGAACACCGUUAUUGGACCCCUUGAAUAAAAUCAGUUGAAUGAUUGUUAGCGUAACAGACCAAGUGUGUUUUAUUUCUGAGUACCGAAACAAUGUCAAAGAUUAUGAGGUUACGCAUUCGACUAUAAAUCACAGUCUUUACAAUCCAUACCAAUUGGUGACAUUAUAUUAUACUGUGCAGAUGUUGUUGAAUAUUGUGGAGAUAGAAACUGGCAAAUAAUGGUGGCAAUAUUAAAUCACCAUAUGUCAAACUGUUUGUGCUUAUUUUGUACAACACACUGACACACAUGCGUUAAAACUGUAAGUUACUAAUGUUGAACAAUAUAACAAACAGUUGCACGCAUUAGUAUUUGUGAAUCAAUGAAAGUCGGCUGAAGGCUGCAAACUUUCAAAACAAAGGGUAAAAAUUGAGAGCUGU